GAAACAAACAACAGCGGUAAGCCAAAGACGAAGAUGGAUCUUUUCUUUCAGGAGCUUCAGAGUGAAGAUGCCUUCUGGUAUGAUCUCGUUCCACUCAACCAAAGCGCUUUUCUACCUUAUACGAGCACGCCCACCAGAGAAAUUCCGGCGACUUGUUCUUUCAAUGGAUCAAAUUCUACUAACAUGAACAAGCGAAUGAUAGGUUUCAUGGGAAGAAGUUGGCCUGUAAGGAUUGAAACUGAAGAAUCCGAUAGUGCAAGAUGUUAUCGCCGGAAGAUUAGCGAAAGAAUGCGGAGAGAGAAGGAGAAGAACGGCUACUUAGCCCUUCAUGCUAUGCUGCCUCUCGGCACCAGGAAUGAUAAGAACUCAAUUAUGCAAAUGGCGGCGAAGAGAAUUGAUGAGCUGAAGCGAUAUAAGGAGGUGUUGGAGAGGAGAAACUAUGAGCUUGAAGAGAAGGGUGGAAAUGCGAGGAGUAGGAAGAUUGAGUUCAAAGUAAGAAAUCCGACAUCGGGGAUUGAUUAUAUGGUGGAGGUUCUUAAGUGUCUGAACAGCUUGGGAUCAAAACUCAUAAGCAUUAAGUCGCGAUAUUCUGAUGAGGAACUUGUGGCAGUAAUGGAUAUCGAAACCCAGAUUUCAGAUGCUGAGAUGGGAAAGGCAGUGCAGACGACACUCCAGAAUGUUCAAAGGAAACACAGCAAGGAAACUUCCGCCGCCUUUUGCCUCAAGCUUACACUCACAACCUAAAUCAUUAAAAAGAAAAACCUUUAGGCAUAUUUCUUGAUUUAUGUACUUUAAAAUAAUAUAUAAAUUUUAUUAUGUUUUAAAUAAUUAUUUUAAAAAAAUUUAAAUUUUAUAUUAAAAUUAUAUUGAACCAGUAUACAGUCAGUAGGCGGCAGAAUUAAAAAAAAAAAACAAUAAUAUAUAUGUAUAUCAAACAUGCAUAGAAAUAUGGAGUUGUGAGAAAAAGUCAGUCUGCCUGUACUUUACACGUUUUGACCUUUCAAGAAAUAUUAACUAGUUGGCUGUCAAUUUGGAUUCUUUAUUAUGGUUGGACUUCUGUUUUUUAUUUUUAUUUUUUUUUAUUGAAAGACUCUAGUAUGACUAUUAGAUGAGAUCAGCGGGUUGAUUCAACUUAAUUUGAUUUUGUAUCAAAAUUGAGGGUUUGAAAUCGAAAAGGAAACGAUUUUGGUUAUACUAAAAAAAAAUUAAUUCAAAUCAAUUUAAUAUUAAUAGACUAAAUUUUUUAUUUUUAAAAUUAAACCCUUAAAU